ACAGAUGUUUAUUUGUUGACAUUUUGCCGGCUCUAAAGAUCAAACGACUUAAAAAAAGCACCGUCUAAUAUAUUAUGAUUUCCGUUAAACGUGGUUGUUUAAUUGUUUUGGAGGGCUGCGAUCGCAGUGGAAAAUCAUCACAAAGUAGAUUGCUGCGUGAUGCUCUUGGUACUCAUGGAUUGAAGGUGAAACAUAUGCACUUUCCUGAUCGGUCUACGGAAAUCGGCAGCACAAUAAAUGCAUACUUGAAAAAUUCUAAAGAACUAACUGAUGAGGUUAUACAUCUGUUGUUCUCAGCUAAUCGCUGGGAGUUUGUUAAAGAAAUGGAAAAGUUACUUCAAGCGGGCACUACUUUGGUGGUAGACAGAUAUUCAUAUUCUGGUGUGGCGUAUAGUGUAGCCAAAGGAUUGGAUUACGAUUGGUGUCUGGCGCCGGAAAAAGGACUCUUGAAACCGGAUGCAGUAUUUUAUCUGAAAGCUCCAAUUGAAGACUUAGUAAAUCGUGGCGAGUUCGGAGGAGAAAGAUAUGAAAAGAAAGAAUUCCAAUCAAAAGUUGCCAAUGUGUUCGAUCGCAUUUGUGAGGAGCAAAAGCAAUUUUGGCACGUAAUUGAUGCGACACAAUCACAGGAGACAGUAUUGGACGAUUUAAGCAAAAAAACAUUAGAAAUUUGGCACCAAAUGAAAGACAAGCCCUUGAAUCUUUUGUGAUUCUAAAAAUAAUAUUUUUCAUGAAUAUCAGCUGCCUAUCACAACUUUGCAAACUUAUAUACAAACUAUGUUUAGAUUAAGUCUAUAUUGUAAAUUAAAGUUUCGUAGAAAAAUAUAAUUCACAUAUC